AUGACGAACUUAACUUGGGAAUGGUUCGGUCUUUUGUUUGGUAAUCUCUUUGCAUCCUCGGGUGCAGCGAGUUGGGGCAGGAUGGUGGUCUGCUCAAUGGUUUGGGUGGCUUGGUGCAUUUGGAAGGCGAGAAAUGAUUACCUUUUCAACCAAUUCCCUGUGAAUCCAAUUGAGGUGGUUGCUAAGGCUAAAAGAGAGGAUGCUGAAUUUUUGGCGGCUUGCGAGGUGGACUCUGCCUUUGUGGAAACAGCAGCAGGGGCACAGGGUCAUGAGCCUCAUUGGGUUCCUCCUUCGAGAGGGAAAUGGAAAUUUAAUUGCGAUGCGGCAACUGACUUGAGCAGAGGCAGGGGGGCUGUUGCAGUACUUCUUAGGGACGAGAAGGGCCAUCUGGUGGAUGGCAUCGCUGUAAAAAUUCGCUUGGCAACAGCAAUACAAGGUGAAGCAUCUGCAGUGUGA